AUGUCAUUCAAGCCAUCCUACAACUACAUCACCGCAUCAGACUUUGCCAAAGCAUGGCGAGAGCAAAACAGUAAGCCCAGUCAAAAAGGCUGGACGGUGAUUGAUGUACGUGAUGAUGAUUUCGAAGGAGGUCAUAUAAAAGGUUGUAGAAACAUUCCUUCAACGCAAUUUCCUGAUCAAGUUGAAAAAUUAGUUGAAGAACUAAAAAAUGCAAAAAGUGUAUUGUUUCAUUGUAGCCUCUCACAGGCUCGUGGUCCAAAAGCUGCAAGGAUUUAUAAGGAAACACGAGAAGAUGCCAUACAAGCCGGAAAGAUUGAUAGCAAACAAGAACAGAAUGUCACUGUCUUACGUGAAGGAUUCUCAAAUUUCGGAGCAUUGUACAAGAAUGAAGAAGACUUAGUAGAAGAUUACGAUGAAGAAUCUUGGAAAUAUCGUUAA